AUGGUAGUUGAGAAACAGACUUUGUCAAGCAGCCAGAAUUAUUGCCCCCAUCAAAGCCAACGAAGUGUCCAGGCCAAUUCAUCGCAGCAACAGCAACUUCCAAAUUACCACAACUCGCAGCAGUUUCGACUCAACCCUCCGCAACCCCAGAUUGUUGAAUGGAAAAACACAUUCAACAUGAGGAAGGAGAACCUGAAGAACAUGCCGACAUGCAAGUUAAACAAAAAUAUCGCCAGCAUAGCGAGCAAAGAAUCGGCGCUGGUCGCCAAGUCGCUCAAUUUGCUGCGACAAAAUUUGCAGCCGGCUAUAAAUAAAGAGCUGCAAUUAGUCAUCUCCAGUUACAUACAAAAAUUUUUUGAACCGGCUGUAGAGAAUUUGAAAAACAAUUUCGGACCUCAAUGUGUUUCUGAAGAGAACGUGAAAAAAGUUUGCCGAUCAAUUUUGGAGGACGCGAAACAGAUGUACCUACCAGCGCAGCAAACGACAGUCUCUACUGGGGCGCCUGGGUAUAGCGACUCAGAAAACAGUCAAAAUCGAGUGAAAAGUGAAAAUGAGGAUAUUCAAAGUGCGUCAAAGAAAAAGGUGAGGAGCGCACCUGUGCCCCGCAUUCCCAAGGCAGACAACAUUCGGCGGGAGGCGCCAAAAUGGGACCCCGAGCGAAUCAACAAGGAGACCCUCUUUGUCAUGGGCUCCAGGGCAAACAAAGCAAUGGGUUUUGGUCCAACGCGAGGCCGGCUGUACAUAAAGCACCCUGAGCUGUUCAGGUACUCCGGUGACCAGGAGGACAAAGAGUGGCUGGUACGGCACAGCCUGAUGCCACCGACCGGACAGAAGGCCUACAUUAUGAUAAUUCAGGACAUCGUUGAACUUGCAAACUCUGAGGAAUACAGGGAAUCACCGAACUUGAUGCUGCAAGAGCUUAAGGGUUUUGAGGCGCCCGAUUCCAUGCUGCAGAAGGUCAAAAGCUUCAUGCAACACAUGAGGACUGACCUGCCAGGUGGGCACAGGAGAUACAAAAGGCCCACAGUCCAGCAUGCACCCUUCCAACAACCACAGCAGGUGCCUGAAAUGCAAAACUAUCUGAACUUCACUGAAGACAACAGAGUGGUUCUCUCAAACCAGCAGGCCUCAACAGUGGACUCGUCCUACUUUUCACAAGCUCAAAGAUCAGAAUGCAACUUGACUGGGCAAAUGUAUCAAAAUGCCCUGUAUGUGGUGCCACAAGCCUUGCAGAUGCAUAGCCAGAUGCCUAAUUACUCUGUCGUGUGGAGUACUGACCAAGCUAACCAACAAACCUGA